ACUACACUACUUCAAAAAAAAUUGUGAAUGAUGAGUGCACCCAUUUGGAUCCAAUUCAUAAAUUUCAGUUGAAGCAUCCAUUUCUUGGUUUAUCCUUAAAAUAAAAAUAAAAAUAAAAAACCAGAAUCUUUGUUCAAUUUUUCUUUAUUCUAUUUCACAAUUCACAUAACCAAACAAAUUUUCAUCUUCGCCAAUUCUUCUUCUUCCAAAUCCAAUCCUAUUGGAUUCUAUUCACUUCACAAAACAACAAAACAAUCACAAUCGUUCAUUCACUUCACCACUACCACGUAUUCUUCACUCAUAUCACUAACAAUCCCACUCCACAUAAUUCAAUUUUCUCAAAAAGAUUACUUUUUGACCAAAACCCAGAUUUUUGUGUUUUUUGGUCAACAUGGAUAUCGAUGAAGCGAUUAGAGGAUGUGAGGAUCGAAGACUUCAGACCAAGUAUAACAAUGCUACUUAUGUUAUUCAGAGAGCUUUGUCUUUGUAUUCUAUUGAGGAGGUUGCCUUCAGUUUCAAUGGUGGAAAGGAUUCAACGGUUUUGUUGCACCUACUCAGGGCUGGCUAUUUCUUGCAUAAAAUGGGGCAAAAUAGUGCCAAUGGAGAUGUAAAAGAUUUUCCAAUUCGAACAAUAUAUUUUGAAAGUCCUAGUGCUUUCCCGGAAAUCAACUCAUUUACCUAUGAUAUCGCUGCCACCUAUGGUUUGCAAAUUGACACCAUCCGGUUAGAUUUCAAGUCUGGUUUGGAGACUUUGCUGAAAGAUAAACCAAUUCGAGCUAUUUUCCUUGGAGUUCGAAUCGGAGACCCUACUGCGGUUGGCCAAGAACAAUUUUCCCCCAGUUCACCUGGCUGGCCACCUUUCAUGAGAGUCAAUCCCAUUUUAGAUUGGUCAUACAGAGAUGUCUGGGCCUUCCUUUUGACUUGCAAGGUGAACUAUUGCAGCCUUUAUGAUCAAGGUUAUACUUCAAUUGGAAGCAUAUAUGACACAGUUCCCAACUCCUUACUAUCAAUCAGCAAUUCUUCCAGUAAAUUCAAACCAGCAUAUUUACUUGCUGAUGGAAGAUUAGAGAGGGCAGGGAGGGUUAAAAGGACAUCUUCUGCUGGUGGUCAACUUCCUGCUGAUAGCAAUGGCUUGGAUUUGCAUAAAAACAGCACACUCACCGCAUCAAUCAUUGCCGUGGGAGAUGAGAUUCUGUUUGGCAUUGUUGAGGAUCAGUUGGGACCAUAUUUAUGUAGGAAGCUGGGUUCUGUUGGCUGGUCUGUGUUGCAAUAUUCUGUAGUACACAAUAAUAUAGAUUCUGUGGCAGAAGAAGUUGAGCGACAGAAAUCUAGGACCGAUAUGGUAUUUAUAUAUGGAGGUGUAGGUCCACUGCAUUCAGAUGUUACCUUAGCAGGCAUUGCAAAAGCUUUUGAUGUCCGUUUGGCUCCUGAUGAAGAAUUUGAAGAAUAUCUACGGCAUAUUAUUAGUGAUCAGUGUAUUGGUGAUAGGAAUGAGAUGGCUCAAUUGCCCGAGGGCAUAACUGAAUUACUGCAUCAUGACAAUUUGACUGUACCCUUGAUGAAGUGUCAAAAUGUAAUAAUUCUCAGUGCAACGGAUAUUUCGGAGAUGGAAAAUCAAUGGGACUGUUUGAUUGAAUUAACAAAGUCUAGUGACCUACUAACAUUGCUGGAACCAUACAUAUCAAAGCACGUGACAACUAAUUUAUCAGAUGUUGAAGUUGCUCCACGUCUGUCAAAGCUUUGUCUUGAAUUUCCAGACCUUUGUAUUGGGUGUUACCGCAAAUCCAGAGACGGAUCUGUCAUAAUAAGUUUCAAAGGAAAGGACCUAACACGCCUUGAAUCAGCUAUAAGCGCAUUACAAAAGAAGUUUAAAUCUGGUGCUUUCACAGAGACGAAGUAGCAUGAUUGAUAUCUACAUGCAUUGACAUGUCAUGGUGCAUUACAAAUAUAAGAUGCAAAGUGAUAAAAAUGGACAAGGAAGAAAAUCAAGGGUGCUAUUAUCAUUACAAAAGGAAGAAAAAUGGUACAAACAAGUGGCUGAAGCUUCAAUAUUCACAACACUUUUAUCUCCUUCAAGGAGCUUGAUUAUUAUUGAAUGAUGAUUAUUAUCUCAAUUUACAGCACCAGUUUACAAAUACACAUGAUUUUUCAUUGAAAACACACCAGUUGAACCUUUUAAGUUGGCAGCAUUAUUUACACUAUCAGAUUUAUGGCUACUUUUUACCUGAUUUUGAUGUUGAUUGAAGGAGUAACUGUGUAUGACCCACUUAAGCCAAUUUAUUACUGAGAUAUGGUUUGCCCAAAGGAGUAAGCCAUUUAAUGUAUGAACCACUUUUGACCA